UUCCACAAUAAAAAAAAUAUGUGUCCAACCCUUAUGGUGCAUGACAUUAGCGGUUUCCAAACCAAAAAUAAAAGAAAUUUUUUUUUUAUAAACAAUCCUAGAUGGACAAUAUUAUGGAAAUUUGUUUUACAAUGGAUGCAAAAUGGGAAUUAAUUUUCGUUUCAACAAUAUUAAGGGAAAUGCUUUAAAAAAAAAAUAAAAAUAAAUAAAUAAAUAAAUAUUAAGGGAAAUCGUUCAUAUUUCUUUACUCUCUCUAUUCUUGGAUUUCCCCAAACAGCCACCAUUUUUAAGAGCUCUUCCGAGUUCCGCCGCUCAAGUCCCCUCUAAAACCCCAAAUUAACGGCCAUCUCAAACUCCCUUCCAACCUUCAACAAGGUUUCUACUCUUUCUCAACUUUUGGUUUUUUCAAUAUGAAUUUUCUUGAGACCCCAUUUUCAUUUUGAUCAUACUAUACAUUAUACUGGAUGGUAAAAUCAUAUUCCAUGUGGGUUUCUACCAUAAGGUCAGUUUCUUGUAGAAAUUUUAGUAAAAAUUCUAUCUUUAUUCGUCAGAAUUCUGCUUAUGCUGCUGCUCAAUUAAAUUCUUGGUUUACUGAUUCAACUUCUGAUGAACAUGUUACUAGUAGCAGUAGUAGUGAUUUAGAGGAUCAAUUACAUGAAUUAGAUACAAAUAGAGUAAUUGAAAAUUUGAAGAAUUUGAGAACUAAACCAAAUCAGGCUUAUUUAUACUUUUUCAAUGUAAAAGAACGUGGGUUUCGGCACAAUGUCGAAACUUAUGGUUCAAUUGUUAGUAUAAUGUGCAAUAGGGGUUCUGCUAGAAUGUUGGAUGCAUUUUUGUUGGAGGUUAUUAAGUCGAAUUCGGACGAAUUGGGUUUCGAUGUUUCUGAAUUGUUAGAGUUACUUGAGGUUGAAAUGACUACUUCAGUGGUUAAAGUGAUUGAUGCCUUGGUGAAGGGCUAUGUUAGUUUGGGUAUGUUUGAAAUGUGUAUAGAUGUUUUGUUUCAAACAAGAAGAAAGGGUUUAAAGCCUAGUUUGUUUACUUGUAAUUACCUUAUUAAGCGUAUCAUUGAGAAGGGUGAGCUAGACAUGGCUUUGGCUAUAUACCGGCAUCUUAAGAUGAUGGGUUUGAAUCCUAAUGUAUACACCUAUAAUCUUAUGAUUGAGGUGCUGUGUAAAAAGGGUAAUUUUGAGAAAGCGGUUGGAAUGUUUGAGGAGAUGGAAAAAGUUGGUGUCAAUCCGAAUGAAUAUUCUUAUGGCAGCUACAUUGAAGGGCUUUGUUCAUUUCAAAGAUCAGAUGUGGCGUAUGAAUUGUUGAAAUCUGUUGUUCCCAUUGAUAGUUUUAGCUACACCAUGGUGGUUAAUGGUUUCUGCAAUGAAAAUAAACUGAGUGAAGCUGAGACUGUUUUGCUUGAUAUUGAAAACCUAGGGCUCACGCCUAAUGCGUAUUGUUUUGGUGCUUUAAUUCAUGCGUAUUGUAAGAAGGGGAAUAUUGAAAAAGCAUUGUGUCUUGAAAGUUACAUGAUGUCAAAAGGUUUGAAAAUGGAUUGUGUUAUUGUGAGUUACAUUCUUCAAUGCAUGUGUACUAAGGGACUUUUUACAAAUGUUCUCAGUCAAUUUGAAACAUACAAGCACAGGGGGAUUUAUCUCGAUAAAGUUUGUUAUAACAUUGUUGUGGAUGCUAUGUUUCAGUUGGGAAAAGAGAGAGAAGCCUUGGAGCUGCUUGAAGAGAUGAAGCGCAAGAAUAUGGUCCCAGAUGUGAUUCAUUACUCCACUGUGAUCAAUGGCUACUGCCUUGAGGGAAAACUUGUUGAUGCCUGGGCCUUUUUUGAGAAAAUGAAACAUGAGGGUAUUCAACCUGAUAUCAUUACUUACAAUAUACUUGCAGGUUGUUUUGCUAGAAAGGGCCUUGUAAAAGAGGCUUUGUUCGUUCUUGACUACAUAAAAGACCAAGGUUUGACGUCCCUUGAUACCCAAAGUAAAAUCAUUGAAGGCCUUUGUGUAGGAGGGGAGGUAGAAGAAGCUGAAAAGUUUUUGAAUAGUUUAGAGAAGUCAACAGAUAAUUAUAAUGUAAUGAUUGAUAAUUACUCUGCUAUGAUUAAUGGGUACUGUGAAGCAAGGGAUACACGGAAGGCUUUUGGUCUUUUUGUCAAGCUUUGCAAGCAAGGUAUAUCUCUGAAGAAAAAGACCUGCUUAAAGCUGCUAAAUAGCCUAUGCAGUGAAGGUCAAUUUGAGAGUGCAUUUGUGUUGUGCAAAAACAUUUUGGGAGUAGAAGACAAUACUAGCAUUAUAAUGUAUUCAAAGCUUAUGUCGACAUUAUGCAAUUCUGGAGACUUAAAAAAGGCUCAUUUGGUGUUUGACAAGUAUAUCGAAAAAGGUUUGAUUCCUAAUGCCAUUAUGUACACGAUACUGAUAAAUGGGUAUUGCAAAUCGAAUCUUACGUUAAAGGCCUUUGACCUUUUAGAUGGUAUGAAGCGUAGAGGUAUUAUUCCUGAUAUGAUCACUUUCACAGUUUUGAUUGAUGGUUGCUUGAAGAUGAGUUUGGAGUCUCGUUCUCACCCUAACAAGUUUUUGAUCGAGAAAGCAACAAAAUUUGAAUCAGAGAUGUCGAAAAUGCAGCUGAAGCCUGAUGCUGUCUGUUAUACAGUGUUAAUUGAUAAGCGCUGUAAGUUGAAUGAUAUCCAGGAGGCCAUGAAGCUGUUCCAUGAAAUGAUAGAUAGUGGUCUACAACCUGAUAAUAUGACAUUUGCAACUCUACUUUCUGGCUGUCGUAGAGUAAAAGAUGUGGAUAUAGCCUUGACCCUUUUUGAUGCGAUGGAAGAGCUUGAUUUAAAGAUUGAUGAGAAAACCAAGUCAUUGAUGUCAGCAUUGACACAUGCUUCUAAAAAUUAGGAUGGAGAUAAACUUGCAUCUUCUGGGUUUGGUAAUUGGACUGUUAGAGGAGUAAUGAAGGAUAUUUAUAUAUCAAGAUUGGGCUACACUAAGGAUCACAUUAAUUCCUAUCCUCUUUGCAGCAGUUUUGGAUUUUAACAUUCGAUGUCUUGGCCGUAAUGAGUCUAGUUAUUAGAUUAGGGUUGAUAGUUGACUAUGUAAAUGAUGUACCCAUGAAUUGGAUUUUUGAACUUCCUAUUUUGGUAGAAGAAUGAUGCUGGUCUAUUUAAAUGCUGAGAUGUAUACUUGAAGCUA